AUGUAUGGACACUCGCAUCCUGCCAUAAAAGAGGCCAUUGAGAGAGUUCUCCUACUGGGUCACUCCCUUGGGGGAACAAAUCCUCAAGAGGCUGAGCUGGGCGAAAUGUUGGUCUCCAGAUUCCCCAGCAUCGACAUGAUUCGCUUCUGCAACUCCGGCAAUGAAGCAAAUACAUUUGCUAUAGCGACAGCCCUGUCAUUCAACCAGCGACGGAAAGUCAUGGUAUUUGAAGACGGUUACCAUGGAGGGAAUCUGAUGUUCCCAGCUACUCCCAGUCGUCUGAAUAUACCACAUCAUUUUGUGUUCGGACGGUAUAAUGAUAUUGAACGAACUCGAGAAAAUAUUGACGAUGAGAUUGGUGUCAUUUUGGUGGAACCGAUGCAGGGUGCUGGCGGCUCUAUCCUUGGAAGCAAGGAAUUUUUGACAUUCCUCCGUCAAGAAGCCACUCGGAUAGGUGCCAUCCUGAUAUUUGACGAAGUAAUCACGUCUCGUUUAUAUUAUGGUGGACUCCAAGAGUAUUUCGAAGUGAUUCCUGACAUGACUACCAUGGGAAAACACUUUGGUGGCGGCCUGGCAUUUGGUGCUUUCGGCGGGCGACAGGAUAUCAUGCGACAGUAUGAGUUGUCCCAGAAAGACCCACUCUUUCAUUCUGGUACGUGGAAUAACAACCGUUUCACAGUCGCGGCGGGUUCGGUUGGAACAAGUCUACUCACAAGAGAGGCACUUGACAAAGCAAAUACCCUCGGCGAUAAGCUCAGAGAUGGCAUGAGAAUGAUAUUUGAGGCCAAAAGCCCACCGGUCGGAUUCGUUCGAGGAUUUGGCAGUGUGGUAGGUUAUGGCUUUCAUGGCCCGGAUGCAGAGAUUUUACGUGAGGCAUUUUUCUACCAUAUGGUAAAGAAGAGGAUCUAUAUCGGAUCCCGGGGAUUCAUAGCGUUGAAUAUCCUCCAUGAUGGAAAACAUGUCGACCGAGCUCUGGAUGCUGUACGGUGCUUUGUUGAGGAGGCUUUUGCGUAG